CCCACCCACGCAGCUGCAAACCUGAGGUACCCAGUUUCUUCUUUUUUAUUUUUAAUGCCUUUUUUUACUCAUUUUUCUUCCCCUUUUCUGUGGGUUUUACUAUUGCUAUUUACCAUACCAUGGUGGUAAGGCAUGUGUUUGAUCAUGGUGAGCAGGCAAUGUACUUGUGAGAGUGGUGUAGGUGCAGAAAUGAACAAACAAGGCACACACACAAGUUCUGCACACACACACAAAUCUUAAGAGGGGGUUUGCAGCACACACACUGGAGCAGCAGCAGACACCAGCAGCACACAGCAAGGAUGGAGAUGAGGUGAAUUGAAUGUAACACACACCACACCACACACCACACCAUACCACACACCACACACCACACCACACACAAACCUCUCUCCUUUUUUUUUCUCUCCCCCUGUCUUUCUAAAAGUGGGAGCAACUUAACCCAAGAGCCUACUACACCUCCCCCCCUCUCUCAUUUUCUUCCCAUUCAUUUGAUCUCCUAGUUUAAUAGGAGGUAAAAAACUUUUUGUGGGAGCUUGGGGGGUUGGGGGUUUGGUGAAUUGGUGGUGUUGGGAGCAGGAGAGAGCAAGCACCAGGUAGCACAGAUCUGAUCCAUUCUGUAGCUUAAUUGAUCCAAAGGCUCCCUUGCUACAGUGUACUGUGCAACCAAGAAUUCAGGGGAGAGAGCAUCAGCAGCAGCAGCAGCAGCAGCAGCAGCAUCAACAAGAACAAGAGUAGGGGAGAGAAAAAAAAAGAUCUUUUAGACACCAAGUGAAAAGCAGAGCACCCCAAAACAAGGGAAGUGGGAAAAGGGAGAAAAGAGAAGCUGAGAUAUGGAAGAAGAGGGAACAAGAAGCAGGAACUGGCUAUGGCUGUGGAGGGGAAUAUUCGCGUCUCCCAUCGUGGAGGAGGGAGAAUGGAGGGCAAGGGAGGGGUAAGAGGAACCCAGGAUUGGACUGGAGUUGGGCUAGGAGAGCUAGUUCUAGUUUGGUCUUCUCUUUUUUUUCCUGGAUUCCCCUCUCUCUUCUCUCUCUCUCUCUCUCUCUCUCUCGCGUGGUGUGUGUGCGCAUUGAUUCAGGUGUAGGACUUUCUCGCUGAUUGAUGGUCCAUGGAAGAUCAAGCGCUACCGUGUUGAUCGGGGUGGGAGGAUCCCCAUGGCGGCAUCCAGUGAUUCGGAGAGUAAGAAGAGCAGGAAGGAGGAAUUGGGGGGCGGUGGGAGCAGCAAGGAGGAGAAAUCCGAUACCGCGGCGGGCGGGUCAGAUCAGGCCCAGCAGCAGCAGCAGCAGCAGCAGCAGCUGGCGGUGGUGCCAUCGCCGGCCGCCGGCGGAGGCGGCACGGCCAAUGGCGCGGGCGGUACCGCCGGCGGUACGCAGCCGGCGGCAGCAUCCUCCGCCGCGGCGGCUGCCAAGGAGCGCGACUACAUCUGGACCGAGGACGCUGUGCACGUCCUCCUGGAUCACUUCCUGGAGAAGUACAUGAGCUACGAGAAGGGGAUGAUCCGCAACGCCGACUGGGUGGAGAUCGCGCAGCGCGUCAACCAGCAGCUGGAGGGGAACAAGCCCGUCAAGACGCCCGAGCAGUGCAAGAACAAGGUGGACAAUCUCAAGAAGCAGUACCGCAAGGAGCGGCGGCGCGGAUCCCUUGGCCCCUCCAGCACCAAUUGGGCAUUCUUCUCGCGGAUGCACGACAUCUUCGAGAGCGAUUACAAGAAAACAGGGGGUGGUGGCGGCGGUGGAGGUGGCGGCGGCGGCGGAGGAGGAGGAGACCGAGAUCCUGGCGGCGCGAGCGAGGACGUACCACCGCAAAACAAUUCCAAUCCCGCCCCCGCCGCCGCCGCGGCUGCCAACAACAUCGAGGACGCCCACCACCACCACCGCUUGCGAUCCGCGGUGGUGCCGGAUCACUACCUGGCGUCGCGCGAGUUCAUCCGCAAGCAGCAGGAGGAGCUGAUGCAGUACAACAAGCGGCCAUCGCGACGGAGCGAGACGCCGCCGCCGGGGUCUGGCGGCGCGCCGAUCUCCCAGCAGCACCACCCACACCACCACCACCACCACCCCAUGAUGCUACUGCCCGAGUCCUCACACAUGGCCUUCCCGCCGCACGCAUCCAAUCACCACCACCGCGAGUCCGGCAGCACGCCCGCGCGGAAAAAGGCCAAGUCGGACCGGCACGAGCAGCACGGCGUCCCGCACGGCAUGACGCACGGCAUACCGCAGCGGCACCACGACCAGCGGCACUUGCAGCCGGCGGGGCCGCCGCAGCACCACGCGGAGGGAUCGGGGCCGCCGUCGUCGGACUCGGGCGGCGGGGGUGGUGGCGGUGGAGUGGCUGCCGUGGAGGGAUCCACCAAGCACGAGCGGAAGCUCCACCGGCACCAGCUCGCGGCGCUGCGGCGCGACUUCAUGGAGGGAUUCACGGGCUUCGCGGAGGUGAUGCUCAAGAUCGAGGUGGCCAAGAUGGAGAUGCAGCGGGAUCUGGAGCGGCAGCGGGCGGAGAUGGAGCUCCACCGCACGCAGAUGAUGUUGAGCAACCAGCUCCAGCUCGCUAAGUACCUCAAGGCCAGCCCGAUACCGCACGGCAUGCCGCCCGACGGCGGCGGGGCGGGCCCCUUCUGGCCAAACUUCGGCUUCACCGACGCGAAUGCCAAUGCCGCCGGCGGUACCGGCGGCCCCGGCGGCACGACGCCGCGGCUCCAGCUCGCCAUCCCGAUCUUCCCGGACUUUACCGCGCUGGAUGCCGUGGGGCCUUACGAGGUACUGCAUUUGCUCCCCAACGUGGAGGUGCUGUUUGUGAGCCACCAGCCUGGGCUGUACGCCGCCGGCAUGGGAAUGCUCACGUUGCAAGCCACCGCGUCAUUCGACCAAGUGACGCGGCCGCAAAUCCUCGUCGUGCCCGGCGGUAUGGGCACCCGGAGGCUGCUCCAAGACCGAGUUAUACUCGACUGGAUCCGAAAGGUUCACGAGCAUACCCUCUACACUGCUUCCGUUUGCACUGGAUCGCUGCUGCUCGGUGCUGCCGGAUUGCUAAAAGGCAUCGAGGCAACCACGCAUUGGAACUCGCAUGAGCUGCUAGCGGAAUUUGGAGCCAAGCCAGUAUCCUCGAGGAUAGUCCGCCAGGGGAAGAUCAUCACUGCUGCUGGAGUGUCCGCUGGGAUCGACAUGGCUCUUCAGCUGGCCGCUCUUCUAACGGACGAGGCCACCGCCAAGACGCUCCAACUUUUCAUCGAGUAUGAUCCUCAGCCUCCGUUUGACAGCGGCUCGGUGGCCAAGGCCGGGCCCGAGGUGGUGAGCAGGGCCAAAGAACUGUCAUCCAAGCGACUCCAAGCCGUGGCUGGUGCCAGUGCUGCUGCUGCCGCUGCCGCCGCCGCCGCCGCUGCUGCUACUUCCAGAGCUCCAGCGUGAAGCAGAGAGAAGAAAAGUCUACUUGUUCUACGAUGCUGCUGCUGCUGUUGUAUGUACCAAAAGACGAUAGAGGAGAGUGAGGGAGGGAGACGAAGAGCUCUAGAAUCGAGACGAGGAACGAGCUGCGAACGACUGGAAUUUCCUUUUCGGAAGAGCUUUGGUCGGGGAGAGAGAUGAUCCAGUUUUCCAAGAACACACCCGGAGAAAGAGAGGCUCCACAGCUCGAGAGUUUCCAUUGAUCAUUGGUACGCUGCUGGGGCUCUCGCUCUCUUUUCAUCUCUUUCUUUGCUCCAUCUCUUUUUCUUCCCGCGGGACUAACAGUUCUUCUCUGCUAGCUCUCUCAGCUCUCUAAAUUUUUUGUUCGUUUUCUUUUUUUCUUGGGCUCUCGUUCAUACCGAUUUGUGUACCGCUGCUGCUGCUGAUUGAUUGACAUCACUGUGCGUUCGUUUUUUUUCCUUAUAUAAAUUCUUGGUAGCCUCUGA